AUCAUUUUUAUUUGUCGUUAAAUGCAAAAAUUGCCUUAGCAAAAUAACUAAAAUAGAAAAUUCCAAGUCAUUCCGUCCAUAAGAAAAAUAAAAAAAAAAGAAAAUUACCGUCGCUAUAUGAAAAGUGCAUAUAGGUACCUAGUGGAAAAUGUGAAAAUGUUUUUGACCAAAAAAUAAAACAAAAAUCAAAUUGUAAAUUUUCUAUUUGAGUUAUUAUCUAAUUAAGUGUGGUCUUCAAAUUUCGGCCCUUGUGAGUGUGUGGGGUUUUAAACUCAAAUUCGUUUGCUACUCACUUUGAAGUUUGUUUUACUUUUAAAUAACAAAAAAAAAAAAAGAAUGACAAAAAAUCAGCAAAAUUUCCUAUAAGCUGCUCUAUGCUCUUUAGUUGGCAAUUCUUGCUCUUUUUUCCACAUCUUCUUUCAUAUAUAUAUGGCCAAGCUAAACCAACAUGGGUUUUUGGCUCAAGGGGGAGCUCUGAUGAAUUUGCUGGCCUCUGAGUGAGGGGUGGUAAAGCUAAAACUGCUGGUGCUGCUACUGCCUACUGCUGAUAUACGAACUACUGUUAAACUCCUCUGGUGGUGCGCUCUAAAGCAAUCAUGGUCAUUAUCAUCACCAUCAUCAUUAACAUCAUCAUCAUCGGCAUUGGCUUGGCAUCGUGGUAGCCGUCGUCGUCGUUGUAUUCAUCGUCAUUGCCAACCUCAGGACAGAGCAUUGAGAGAACACAACAACAGCAGCAACACAACACACAAACCCAUGUGCAAGAGACCCACAGACAGAACAACCGCGCGCCGCACACACAGAGCCGGAGCAGCAGCGCACACAAACCAUCCAUCCAUCCGUCGUACACCAUCCAUCUACAACACAACCAACAACACAUUCUUCAGUCAUAACACAACCAACAGCGAAACGUUGGAUUAUUCGUUCGAUGGCAACGGUUUGGUUAACAGGCGCGCGCUUUCUUUUAUUACAAAAUUUUAUCGCCAAUUAUUUUAUUGUUAUUUGAACAAUUCUGGGGCGCUAUCUAGCACUACAACAACUCGCUCGCUCGCUCGCCGCUCUCUCUCUCAAACACACACACUCAUUCACUCUCCGUGCUAGCUAACUAACUAACUAACCAUUGUCAUCAUCAGCUUACGAGCUACUAAAUAAAAACAAACAACAAACAAAUGAAGAAAAGUGUUAAGAAUUUUAAAAACCUAACGUAGAAUCAAAUCUCGUCAAUGGAAAAGCCGUCGUUUUAAACGAAAGUAUUAAACAAAAAAAACCCUUUUUUGCCAUAGAAAUAAAAACAAACAACUAGUGGUUCACUUGCUCGUGGGUUCUUCUCACAGUGUUAAACAGUUUUUCCGGCCCUGCAUAACGUCUUUUUUUUUGGCAGUGUGUAACGUAACAAAGAUACGUCGUCGGUGGUAGAGUCGCUGCUAACGUCGUCGCUGUUUGUGGUUGGGGGUACGUUUUGUUUCUUCAUUGCCCUCUUGUGGUGGGGCGCUAUUCGUAUCAUCAACAGCCACCAAAUGCAACGACGACGCACUUGAAAGAAAAUCUUUAUGAUUAUUUCGGACAUUUCAGUCAGUUUGUCUACGACGGUCGUAAUGAGAAUACAUCACUUAAUCAGCCAUCAUCAGCAACACAGCAACAAUAACACACAAAAGGCAACAACUCGUUCUGUGGCUAUCACUACUACUCCCAACAAUAACAGCAGCAGCAACAACAAAGCGUAACAAAAAAAAAAAAAAACAAUAAAAACAAAUAAUAAUCGUAAAAAUAAAAGUAAUUAUUAUUAUCAUUAUUGUAUGGGCACAACAACAACAAAAACAAGUGAAGUGAAGAAUAAUAACAAACAAUAACAACAACAGCAACUAAACUACUAUUGUUAUUAUUAUUGUUGUUUUUAUGUUUAUGUAUUUAUCACCCAUACCCAGUGACAUAGAAUUAAUAAUUUGUCAAAAAAAAACGAAAAGAAUUUUGUCAAAAAGUGAGAAAAGAAAAAUAAAAGCAAAGUAACUAAAUAAAUAGAAAGUGCAAAUUUAAAACUGGCAACAAAGUAUACGAUUUUUCAAAAAACAAAAAUAUUUUCUUUAAAUACAAGACAUUUUGAAAAGUAAAAUAAAAAAAAACACAAAAACCAAAAUUUGUAAUUUUCUCAAAAUAAAGUGCAAUAUUUAAAAAAGUGACAUGUUAAAAAAAUUAUAAGAGUUAAGAAAAAAGUCUUUGAAAAUAAAAUAAAAAUUUUCCUAAAAAUAAAGACAAAUAAUUUUUCAAACGUUUUAUCAUCAACCACUUGAGAAAAACACUCACCACACACAACUCCCCCUUGCGAAACAAAAACCCCUCAAGCUACUUAUUGUGUUUAAGUCUUUCAAAAAACCGCCAAAAUUCUUACCGCCAACAGUAUGAAUUCAUAUUUUGAGCAAGCUUCGGGCUUUUAUGGCCAUCCACAUCAGGCCACCGGUAUGUCUAUGGGUACCGCUGGCCAUCACGAUCAAUCUGCCACCGCUGCUGCAGCGGCCUACAGAGGCUUCCCCCUCUCGCUGGGCAUGACACCCUACACAAAUCAUCAUCUGCAGCGUACCACCCAAGAUUCACCCUACGAUGCCAGCAUUACAGCCGCCUGCAAUAAAAUCUAUGGUGAUGGCAAUGCCUACAAACAGGAUUGUUUGAACAUCAAAUCGGAUACGAUAAAUGGCUAUAAAGACAUCUGGAAUACCACAGCGAAUGGGGGCGGGGCUGGUGGCGGCGGCGGUACCGGUGGUGGUGGUGGCGGCUCAGCAGGUUCUGCAAAUGCUGCUGCAAAUAAUACCGCCAAUGGAGGCGGACAAAAUACCGCUGGCGGUGGCGGCAUGCCAGUGAGGCCCUCGGCCUGUACGCCCGAUUCACGAGUUGGUGGCUAUUUGGACACAUCCGGCGGUAGUCCGGUCAGCCAUCGAGGCGGUAGUGCUGGCGUGGUGGGCGGCGGUGGUGCCGGUGUGGGCCAGAGUGGUCAAAGUGGUAAUGUGGGUGGUGCUGGCGGUGUGGGCGGUGGAGCAACGGCCUGGAAUGCGAAUUGUACAAUUUCAGGAGCAGCUGCCGCACAAACAGCAAGUAGUUUACACCAGGCCAGCAAUCACACAUUCUAUCCCUGGAUGGCUAUCGCAGGUAAGAUAAGAUCUGACUUAACACAAUACGGCGGCAUAUCACCAGACAUGGGUAAGAGAUACUCAGAAUCUCUUGCGGGCUCUUUGCUACCAGAUUGGCUAGGUACAAAUGGUCUACGAAGACGUGGUCGCCAAACAUACACCCGCUAUCAAACACUUGAAUUAGAGAAAGAAUUCCACACCAAUCACUAUCUAACCCGCCGACGAAGAAUUGAAAUGGCCCAUGCCCUCUGCCUGACAGAACGACAAAUCAAAAUCUGGUUCCAGAAUCGUCGAAUGAAAUUGAAAAAAGAAAUUCAAGCCAUCAAGGAGCUCAACGAACAGGAGAAACAGGCUCAAGCACAAAAAGCGGCAGCAGCAGCGGCGGUGGCAGCGCAACAUUUAGGCGAAUAAAAUUAGGACAAAUUUAUAAAUUAUUAUUAUAAUUAUAGUACUCAUGAUAAUGAUAAUAAUAAUAGAGAGGAUAAUAAAUGUAAUAGUAAUGGUUGCAUUAAACUCAAUGCCAGUGAUGCCACCAAUACCAGCAACACCAUAGCAACAAUAACACAACAACAGCAACAGCAGCAUACUGAGACAGCAGAAGAGAACAAGGAGUCAUCGUCAGCCGCGUCUUCGCGUAUUAUCAACAAAACUCCAUCACCUUUAUUGAACAGAAUGCCAAAGGCUAUGGCAAUGGCCGCUACAUCAAUAAGUCAUAAUUUUUUGGAAAAUCAUGAUAAUGUCUAUAGCAAUAUUAACUCAGCCCUGCAAUACAAUACAUACUAUCAGCAACAAACAACACUUCAUUCUAAUCAGCUGCAGCAGACAUCAAACAAUAAUCACCAUUUUCAUACUCUACCCUAUGGCAGUCAGCAUUUUCUUAAUUACCAUCAUCUGAAUCAUCCUCAUCAGCCGGACUGGAGAGAUGCUACCAAUUCCUCGAGUCCUUCGACCACCUCGACUCCUUCGACUUCAACCACAGCUACAACAAACAUCAUACCUAUGCAGAGCUAUCCUUAUAGCAAUGCCGCCUCCGCUGCUUCCAUUAAAACCGAAAACGAUAUUGACGAUCAUGAUUUUCUAAAUAAAACCACUCUAAACAAUUGAGCGAAUUCCGUCAUA